GCCGUUGCCACCUAAGAUUCUAUUGAACGCAUUUCUCGAUAGCUCCAUCGUACCUCCAUCGAUAACUCCAAUGGUGACUCUUCAGAGAACCCCACCAAUGGCCGCGCUUCUAGAUUUCAAUACAGUGCAAGAACUCUAUCUUCUACACCUACCCUGCUCUUUCUUUCCUGCGUACGAACCUACGAUUUUUUACCCGGGUUUGAAAUUCUUCACGAUCCGCAGCUUGCUAGUUUCGUUUGAAGCUCGAGAGUCUGAUUUUGGUCACACUGCGACUUUCCCAUCUUCGUCCGUAUCGAACCUGGAAGCCGAUCUUUCGUUUUACGCACCAAUCUUACGUAGUACGUUCCCCUGCGGAAUCCGAUGGCGCGACGCCCCAUGGAGGCUUUAACUAUAAGGACGCCAGGACGGAGCAACGAGGAAAGCUUUUUCAGGGUGGAAUAUUGUCCAGCGGGAGAGGGGAAAUGGAAGGGUAAAUGGUGGGAUGGGUACCUGAAGGUGAAAGGGAGCUCUUGCGUUCUUCAGCGAAUGGCGGCCCAGACCCUGCCCGACAAGGAGCUAAAGCGAGGCGUCAUUCAAAAGGUGGGCGAGUUUUAUUUCAACAAAGUUAAACGAUUGACCGAGGAAGAGUACGGUACGGGCUUAAAAGAGCACCUAAAGACGGAGGUCUUCUUGUUGGAUGACACGCCCGUGACAGUCAGCUAUGACAUGUCCACGACAGUUGGAGAGCUUCUGGCGGGCAUGGACGGGGAUGUGGGUGAGAAGGACUCUCGGACCAUUGGGCUAUACGAGCACAGAAAGUACUACACCACGGUCAACGACAACGAUACAAAUGUUACAAGCGAGUACAAUCUGCUGGAUGAGGGCUCUUACAUGGGGACCGUGAUGGAAGAGCUAGAAAAAUUCAAGGGGAACAGCAUGCAGAUGGAGAAGUCACGCCUUCUGUUGCACAAAAAAUAUUCGCCUCAAAACGGGGGGUCUAUGACUGACCCCGUCCUCCUCCAUGCGUGCUACGCCCAAGUGAGGGAUAUUUUCCAGCGAGGAGGCUUCUUUUUGAAGAGGUGUGAUGUCGCCUGCCUAGCUGCGCUGGAACUUCACGUGGAGUUUGGCAUGCUUCCUGAGCCACAAGUGACACUAGACUGGGGAGCGGAGGUGGGAAGAAUUAUUCCCACAGAUCAGCGGCCUCUGCAAUCCAAGGAGGCGUGGAAAAGAGGCGUGCUCCAGCUUUACAGAGCAUUGCCAUCCCUAUCCCAGAUGGAGUCAAGCCAACAGUUCUUACGACUUAUCGCCAAUCUUCCCUAUGUGGGUUCGGAGUUUUACUCCGUGAGAGGCGAACGCUUCACUGUACCAACGGUCCUAGUUGGGAUUAACAGAUAUGGGAUUCAUUUCUUAUGGCACAUGCGUCGAGAGUACUUGUACUCUAUCAAGUGGAGUGACGUCUCCGAAGUGUUCCACAGCCCAACAGGCUUCACUCUAACACUUCGGAGGAGCAAUGCAAGUUCGGUGGUUACUUUAAACCCCAUAACAUCUGAACUGAUUAAGAUUCAAGCAGCCAUUACCACUCAUCGGGCGCGUGGCCUGUUGUUCCAUCCAGAGGCCUUACAGAACACUUCUUUGCUUGCCCCGAUUGCUGCUGCUACUGCGGCUGCUGCUGCUGCUUCUUCUGCUGCUACUGCUGCUGCUGUUGCUGCAUCUCGUGGUGCUGCCACUGCUGCUGCUUCUGUUACCAGGGCUGCCACUCUUGCUGCUGAUACCGCUGCAACCACCGCUGCUGCUCCUGCUGAUGCCGGUGCUUCCACCGCUGCUACUGUUACCGGUGCUGCCACUCCUGCUGCUGCUACCGGUGCUGCCACCGCUGCUGCUCCUGCUGAUGCUGGUGCUGCAACCGCUGCUGCUGACGCCGGUGCUACCCCCGCUGCUGCUGAUGCUGGUGCUGCCACCGCUGCUUCCGUUACCGGUGUUGCCACUCCUGGUGCUGAUACCGGUGCUGCCACCGCUGCUGCUCCUGCUGAUGCCGGUGCUGCCACCGCUGCUGCUGAUGCCGGUGUUGCCACCCCUGCUGCUGAUACUGGUGCUGCCACCGCUGCUGCUCCUGCUGAUACUGGUGCUGCCACCGCUGCUGCAGGAGCUGUACCUUCCACAGUUGUUGCGAAAAGCCAAGCUCAAAUGAAGGAGGAUCUUGAGAAGUGGAGCAGGGAAUGCAAUGAAAAAGUGGACCAGCUUCAGCAGGCAAGACAGGAGGCGGAAGAGGCCCGCGAAGAGGCACAACGUGCCAGAGAGGACGCUCAGGCUCUGGAGGAAAAUCUCGAGGAGGCGCGCUGCUCAAAGGAGGCUGCUCAAAGGAGGCUGGAUGCUGUAAAGGAUGAGGCCACUCGUGCGGCAUCUCAGCACUUGGAGGAGCUUCAACGGGCACGAGAUGCUGCUGCUAGCACGGCUGUGGAGGAGUUGGGCAUGGAGCGUGCGCAGUUGCAGGCUAAGGCAGAGGCUGCCAAGCAGCAUGCACAGUCACUUGAGAAGACGGUGGAGGAGGAGCGGCGCAUGACGGAUGCAGCUGUGGCGCAUUUUGAUGACAUGGCAUCGGCAUUGACUGAGCUCGAGAGGAAGCUGCUGGAUGCUACGAGUCGACUGGAGGCGGCGAAGGAGAACGUGUCUCGUGCUGAUCGUGAGGUCGUUGUUUUGGAGGAGGAGAGGUCGUUUCUGAUUGCGGCGCAGUCGCAGGCAGCAGAGCGAGACGCAGCUGCGAGGAAGAGGCUGCAAGAAACCAUUACGCGGAUGCUGGCAGCGGUGGAUAAUGCUCAGCAAGUCGUCAUGCAUCAACAAGCAAUUGAUGCUGCGAGUAAGGAGGUGGAAAGGGCUCGUACAGAGGCACAGCGUGCCAGAGACGAGGCAGGGGCUCUACAGAGGAUGCUGGAGGAGGAGCGCCGGGAGAAAGAUGCAGAGAAGGAGUGCAGUAGCGGAUUUGUUGCAUCAUUGGCCCAGCGUGAGAGGGAGCUGGACGCCGCUCGAAGGAGCCUGGCUGCUGCAGAGGGGGAGGCCGCUCGUGCGGCUACUCGGCACUUGGAGGAGCUUCAACGGGCACGAGAUACCGCUGCUAGCACGGCGGCGGAGGAGUUGGGCAGGGAGCGUGCGCAGUUGGAGGCGGAGGCAGAGCUGCCAGGCAGCAUGCACAGUCGCUUGAGAAGACGGUGGAGGAGGAGAUCUGGAGAAGAGAGAAAGCAACUCUGAUUGCGGCGCAGUCAAAGGCAGCAGAGGGACAAGCGAGCACUCUGAAGGAGUUCCACCAGUUGGAGGGAGUGCAUUUGGCGAUGAAGAGC